CUGUUUGCCUACGUAAAACGCCGCGGCGGCGCUGGCCGAGAGGUGUCUGGUGGCGGCUCCGGGGAAGCUGGGCCGGCGCUCAGGGCUUGGCGGCGGUAGCCCGCGCACACUCAUGAGGAGCCGGAAGCUCACAGGGGGAGUGCGAUCUUCAGCGCGCCUGAGAGCCCGAAGUUGUUCAGCAGCCGGGGUGGCCUCCGCCCAGGAAGUCGCGGGCUCCGCGUCUGCCAAGACAGCAUGUCUGACUUCCUCAUCACACAGAGCCACAGACAGGCGAACUUCCAAGAAGUUCAAGUAUGACAAAGGUCACCUUGUAAAGUCAGAAUUGCAGAAACUCAUCCCUAAGAGUGAGAGUGCCGCUUUGCCCACAGUGACUCCUGAGACCUGCUGGGAAAGCGCCUUUGCUGAGGAUGGCACCCUGCCUCCGGGCGGCGAGGCCGGCACGUCCCCACGGCCGGAGGCUGCGGGCGUCCCGCUGGGCCUCUGCGGAGCUGCGAGUGACGCCUGCUCAGCGGACACUGAGGACGGCCUGCCCACGCCGGGACACGGUGCCCGUCCAGGAGCAGAGGAGCCCAGCAGUGGUUCCACUGUGCGGGCGGAGUCGGCACUGCAGACGCAGGGCGCGCGGGCGCCGCUGCUCCAGAUGGACAACAGCGUCUUUCUGGACGACGACAGCAGCCAGCCAAUGCCGGUGAGCCGCUUCUUCGGAAACGUGGAGCUCAUGCAGGACCUGCCGCCGGUGUCUCCAUCUUGUCCUUCCAUGAGCAGAAGAGAAUUCAGAAAAAUGCAUUUCAGAGCCAAAGAUGACGACGACGAUGAUGAUGAUGCAGAAAUGUAGAGAACGCGGGGAACGAUGUCCUUGUGUACCGUGCGGUCAGCAGUCUGACAGCGCAGCACGUUACGAGAUUUUUAGAAAAAUGUAUUUCUGGGAGAAUGUGUCCCUAAUGCCCUCAAAGCUGGCCGUCAGCGCCAAGCACCAAAACUGUGAACUAAAGUCUUUGAGGUCGCAAAGCCGCCGUCCGCGCCAGUGUCGUUUCUUACGCGCGUGCACGCGGGACAAUGGCGCCAGUCCGCUGAGGGGCUUGGGGCUCAGCGAGAUCGUUGUGAAGACGACACCUCAGCUCAUUAGCUUUGAUGAUAUGCAAGGUUAUUUGCCAUUAUCAACAUUUGAUCAUUCUUGUGAUUAAUUCAAUGCCAGUUCUUAAAGAACUCUCCUUAUGUCUGUAUAUGAAGCUAAUGUUUACCCUGGAAAUUCUGCAGAAUACAUAUGGGAAAGAAAUAAAUUUUGAAAAUAUUUUUGAAGAA